AUGACUGCUCAACUACAAUACUGCGAUGACUGCUGGGACAAAGGAAAGCUUCCAGCCGCAAGGAAGCAUUUGAAGGUUAUCAAGAUACCUAAGCCCAACAAGUCCAUAGCUGUUGACAACCUUAGAACCAUUUCUCUGUGCGUUGGCAAGCUGUUUGAGCAUAUGAUUUAUGACCGGCUCACGUCGCACCUUGAGGACAACGGGUACUUCUCAGCCACUAUGUUGGGCUUCCACCAGCUGCUUUCUACGAAGGACAUCCUCUUACUCCUCAAGGAGGAUAUAGUUGAUCACUUGAGCAAGAAUAGCAAGUCGUCUCUUCUUGCCAUUGAUGUGAAAGAGCCUUCGACAAUAAUCUACCCAACGCUGUACGCCUACAACUGCCCGAUAUGCGACGUGCCAUACACACUGGCCCACCUAGUACUACUCGAGUGCCCGUGGCGCCACGAAGAUGCCAAUACCAAGUCCGCAACGACUGCACGUAUCAACUCCCUAGCCGAGACGGGGGAGGCGAAGAUUGCCGCACGUGACCUAGACGACGAACGAGGACUUGACGCCAGGGCCCGGGAGGCGAUAGCGGCCAGAGGAUUCCUGGAAUAA